GAGAGAGAAAGAGAGAGAGAGAGACGAAUCGAAGAAGAUGCAAGGGUCAACAGUCGCCACUGUGAUUCUGAUAUUCACCAUCCUCGCCGUCGCUUCUUCCAUCGACGACAAAUGCGCCGCCUGCAAUGCCGUCGCGGAAGAGCUGGAGUUGGGAAUUUCCAAGGAGAAGCCGAGAAAUCACUUGGAUAUGAGGCACCGGUUGGACUCGCAAGGUCAACGGAGAGGAAAGGUAAUCGACUAUAGAGUCAGUGAGCUCAGAGUUGUUGAACUCCUCGAUGGACUUUGUGACAAGAUGCAGGAUUACACUCUUAGCAACAAGAGAGAUUCAAACAGACCAGUGUGGAUCAAAGUGCGUGAUUGGGAUAACCUUACAAUAGAUAAACAAGAAGCUAAAGCAUAUUCAAAGGAUAUAUCAACUUAUUGUGGAAGGUUACUUGAGGAAACAGAAGAUGAGAUUGCAGAAUUGAUAAAGAAAGGAUCUUUAGGAGUAGGAGAUGUAAGCAAGGUUCUAUGUCAAGAUCUGAGCAAACACUGCAGCAAAACAAGCAUAUCGGAUGAGAAAAAUGGGUCUAUUGGUGGAUCAGAUGGGGAACUCUGACUGUCUAAAAUCACUGCUAUUAUACAAAUUCACAAGAGGUUAACUUUUAUUAAAAGUCUGGUCAGCUUAGUUGGCAUUACCUUAGAAGUGUAAUGCUUGAGUGAUGAUCAUUCUUAUACGAGCAAAUUUUGCUUCCAUAUGCCACAUAUGCUGUUAAACUAA